AUGAAGUACUCGGCUGUCGCCUGCGCUACGUUUAUUGCAGCUGUUGCUGCCCAGCCUUAUUACAAACAUGCAAACAAGCACGCACACAAGCAGCACAACCAAGUCCGUAACAACGUCAACGUGCCUCGUGCUGUCACUGUCAACGAGCUGGUUACUGAGACCGUCUACGUUACUGAGCUGAUUGACGAGACCACCACUGUCUGGAUCACUCCCAGCCAGGAAGCCAAGUCUACUCCUACCUCGGCCGCUGCUCCCACCCAACCAGCGGGCAAAUUCUACGAGACUCCCUCUGCUCAUUCUGCUCCUGAGGCUCCCACGCCCAGUCCCAGCUCUAGCUCCAGCUCUAGCUCCAGCUCUAGCUCCAGCUCCAAAGCUGCUGCUAGUCCUCCCCCAGCUGCGACUACCUCAACUUCUGCCCAUGUUGCUCCACCUGUUCCUACCACUACCUCUGUUUACGCUGCGGCUCCUUCCACCUCUUCUGCCACCAAGCCCCAAACUUCAUCUGCUCCCUCUGACGGUGGCGGUGAUUCCGGUUCUGUUAAGUUCACGGGCGCUCUCACCUACUACACCCUUGGGAUGGGCGCUUGCGGCGAGGACGACGGGGGUAAGGACCAGAGCGAAAGCAUUGUUGCCAUUUCUCACCUUAAGAUGGGCGAACAGUCCAAUGGCAACCCCAUGUGCGGCAAGACCAUCACGAUUAGCGCCGGCGGCAAGACUGUCACUGCUACUGUGAAGGACAAAUGCAUGGGCUGUGAGGAGAACGAUAUCGAUGUCAGUCAGUUUACUUUCGAAAAGCUCUACAACCUUGACGCUGGCCGUAGAGAGGUCACCUGGUGGUGGAAUUAA